AUGUCCCAAUCGAUUCAUAGCCGAGACACUACCUCGCCGCCCACACCACAGCAUAAAUCAGGGUUGGCCUGCGAAGAAUGCAGGAGGCGGAAGCUCCGCUGCGAUCGUCGGCAACCGAAGUGUGGCCUGUGUGAAACAUCUGGUGUCGAAUGCCAUACCACUUCCCGUCCACCUCGUGGUCCCAAACGUGGAUACCUGAAGGUUCUGCAAGAUCGUAUCGCCAAUUUAGAGGGACUUCUCCAGCAACACAAUGGUACAACGAACCCACCCAAUGAUGCAAGCAAUCUAGAGAACCUUCUUUUAGACGAACAAGUUGAUCUACCACCAUGGGAAUUCCCGAUCAUCAUGGAUGAAGAUGGUCCCUUGCUUGAGAGCUGCCAGCGAACAAAGUCAUCGAAUUCGUCAGGCGAAUCGUCAGUUGAGGGAAUGGCCGGCACUCCUGUAUCUUCAAUGCUGGCCUUUGACGCGGCGUUUUCAAUUCAUACCUGGAACCCCCCAGAAUUUGACAUCCAGAUCUCAGACUUGAUGCAGGCAGACCUGGAUCAGCUGUACUUCGACCGAAUCCACAGCUUUAUGCCUAUCCUGCAUCCAGGCCGGUACUUCUCGUCGCGAAAACACCAGAUUCGAACAGACGGACAAUGGUGCCUACAAUAUGCUAUGUGGACCCUCGCAGCCUCAGUAUCGGCUCACUACCAGAACGUGGGAGAUUCCUUGUACCAGUACACGCGACGAUCCCUGGAAACUUUGGACUCCAAAACCACAAAGCUUGAGUUCACAGAUCUAGAACAAGUCCAAGCGUGGCUUCUUCUUGCCAUCCAUGAGUUCAUGUGCAUAGACUUUCGGCGGGGAUGGAUGAGUGCCGGCCGAGCCUUCCGUCUCAUACAACUCAGCUGGCGACAUAGUGUUGAUGGCCCAGACCAGGCACAGGGCGAUUGGAUCGAAUCAGAGCAAAAGCGAAGAACAUUCUGGAUGGCCUAUUGCUUAGACCGAUUUGUCAGUAUGCGGAUAGGGUCUCCGCUCACGUUCAGUGAAACAAUUGCUGUCCGACUUCCAUGCCCCGAAAUUGAUUUUGAAAAUGAUCAGCCCAUUCUCAUGGGCUUUUUGUCCGAUACUCUGGUUGCGGCUAGCCCCACCACCCCGGUAUCAGCCUUUACAGAGUGUAUUAUUGUCGCGACUAUUAGUGGCCACGCUUUAUCUCAUCGUCACCAAUAUCCCAUUCGGGAUAUCUCAUUCAAUGCUCUGGAUGCAUUCUGGACACAGCAUCAGUGGAUCAAUGUUAUUCAUACCCAGUGGAUGAAGGCAUUUUCAUCCAAAUACACGGCAGACAUGCAACAGAUUGACCCUAUGCUUCUGUUUAUUGGCCUGAUGUAUCGAAUUACUGUGCUGCAUCUAUACCAAACUACAGCAUCCAUUAUUUCCACUACGGUGGAUGAGGAACAACUUGCGGUAAUCUUGGACAACAAAACACGCGCAUCAUUGGCAGCCAGGCAGAUUGUUGCCUUGAUCAACCAGCUGUCCCAUCUCAAUUCAUUCAAGAAGCUUCAUCCUCUCACACCCAUACCUCUUUCACUUUGUGUUGAAUUUUUCAUCUCAAGUAAUGACCCAGGAGAUUGUUUUGCGAAGGAGUUACAGGAUAUCAUUCAAGCGAUGAGUUGCUUGAGGAACUUCAAUAAUAUUGGUAAAGGAAUCUCACAGCUGUUUGACGAACAUGCCGCAGUGGGGGCCUUGCAGACCGCGGUUCUAUAG